AGUGGAGUGAUAAAUCAGGUUUUCCACAUUACUACUAAAAGAAUAUAUACUGGAUCAGCUCAGAGGCACUAAAAUAAGGCCAUUUUAUUGUUUGCACAUUGUUUGGAUGAUGGUACCUUAAAAUCUCUCCUGGCAGUUAAAUCUGUUAAGAGCUGUUUAAUGACUCUAUGGCCUCAACUAGUAAGGAAAUUCUAAAUGACACGCAACAUGAGGAAUGCAUAAAUAUGCAUCAUUGAACAUAAUGGACAACAUGGAACACAUCAAUCACUAACCAAUCACAUACAGGCGUUUCUCUAUAAAUUAGCUGGAGUUUGUUUCCUUUGACAUCUUACAGCUUGUCAGUGGUCCAGGCAAACCCACACUGCUGUGUUGCCCGUGUUUAUAACAAAUAUGAGGGUGUCACCUAUCUGUUUUGUGUUGCUCGCUGUGCUAAUAGUGGCUGCAGAAGUAAGAAGUGACAAUCAGUUUGUGAAGCUCUGUGGCAGAGAAUUCAUUCGAGCAGUCAUAUACACAUGUGGAGGCUCCAGAUGGAGAAGACUUUUGCCCGAAUCACCCAAAGACACAGCUGACAGUGACAGUUACUUGUCUUUGUAUAAUGGAGGGAUGGAAAGAACAGAACCUUUGGAGUACCAUCUACAAAAAGCCAGCUCCGAAGAAGAUCAGGUUUUUCAGAAGACAGAAUCAUUGGACGCACUGUGGGAUACACAGAAGAAAUCUGUUCAAGAGAGACGGGACUUGAAUGAACUGUUAACAACAGCCUGCUGUAAAAAUGGCUGCAAGAAAAAAGACUUGAGCUCUUUAUGUUAAAUAGGCUUUGUCCAGUCAUAGUUCCAAUCAUAUGGUCUGUAUUUCCUCUCUUGUGACAAUUUAGCAUGGCAGCUUUACUUGCAGGAAAGCUGAAGUGAGGCUCUCUUGCUAAUA